UGACACAGGUAAAUGCAGUUCUGUUUAUUUAUGGCCAUUUGAGCAGCCAUAAGCACAAUAUAUAUAAUCUAGCUAGAUCCUAGGCGUUUUUGGUCUCCGUCGCCGCUGAUCACUAUGGGCUUUUGCGAGUUUACUGUGAAGGACGGCAUCUUCGUCCUGACCCUCGAUAGCGGCGACGGCGGUCACAACUACCUCACCCUGCAGUCCAUGGCGGAUCUCAAGCAAAAACUGGAGGAGAUCCGCAGGAAGGCCAGGCCGUGGAACAAGGGCCUCAUCACCACCUGCUCGGGCGGCGCGUUCUGUCACGGCGUUGACUACGGCGCGUUGUCCCAGCCGAUGGUCGACGAGCUGUCACACCGCAUGGCCGAGGUGCUGCGCCUGCUGUUUGAGAUGCCGUUCCCGACGGCCGCUGCGGUCACCGGCGACGUCAAGUCAUCCAUGGCCCUGGCGCUCGUGAUGGCGCACGACGACACGGCCACUUUGAAGGAGACCAUGUUCGAGAUGCCCGAGGUUCGGGAUGGACUCGGCAACCUGCCGCCGUACGUCGGGGCGCUGCUGCGGGACAAGGUGUCCUUCCCUCUGGUCAGGUCGUCGUUGUUGCUCUGCUCGGAGGCCAUGAACGGGUCCAAGAUGGCAUACUGGGAAUUUUGCGAAGGCAUCCGUGAUGACAAUGAGGCGGUGAUGAAGGAGGCCGUUCACAUCGUUGAAGUUAGAAUCGGCAAAGUCCGCGACGGCAGGGACUACAUCACCACCCGCAAGAGCUUCUUUCCGGAGUCGUGGAGGGCUGUUUCCCAAUUCCUUGGCGACCACAACUAGUGAUUCCGGCGGCCAUGCGCUGUCCUACUGGAAUCCAAACAACAAGGAGAAUUAUUCAGCGGCAAUAGUUCAUUCAUAUAGCUGUUGGUACAGCUGUUGAUGACAUACCUAGAGGCAAUUACAAGAAUGAUUGUAUCAUUUAUAUGUUUAUGUAUUUUUGAA